UGUAGCAGAAAAAAAUAAAAAAAAUAAUAAUAAAUAAGUUUAAAAAAACUAAAAAAAGGCACAAGGCCAAGUUGGUGUUAUUGUGCCGAAGCAGAAAUGGCUUCAUCAUUGAUAGCCGUAGCUGCUGCAUUAUUGUCAUUGCUUUUAGCUAUUGCAUUGGUUGAUGCAACAGUCAAACAUUCGUAUCAUCACGCUGUUGGUCGACGACAUAGCAACCAUCCUUACCACCGCCGGGCGGCUCAUCCCUACCACCACCGUGCAGGUCAUCCCUACCACCGCCGGGCGGCUCAUCCUUACCACGCCCGGGCGGUUCAUCGACCCCUUGUUAAGCAUCAUCGACCAAAGUUCAAACCUGGACCAUGGGUUCAUGCUCAUGCUACCUUUUAUGAGGGUAGCUCCACCAGUUUUGGAGGAGCAUGCAAUUACAAGGACGUAAUAGCAUCAGGGUUCGGUUUAAACACAGUAGCAGUAAGCGAUGUUUUGUUCAAAAACGGGCAGGCUUGCGGUGCUUGUUAUGAGUUACAAUGUGUCGAUGAUCCUCAUUAUUGCAAGCUAGGGCAGCCUUCUCUCACCAUCACAGCAACUGACCGUUGCCCGCCAAAUCCAUCGCAACCCAGUGACAAUGGAGGCUGGUGCAAUCCACCUCGCGAACACUUCGACAUAGCCAAGCCUGUCUUUAACCAACUUGCUGACUAUGUCGCUGGGAUUAUCCCUGUCCAAUACCGCAGGGUGCCAUGCCAAAGGAGAGGAGGAAUCAGAUUCACAAUAACAGGAAACCCAUGGUUCUACCAAGUAGUAGUAUGGAACGUCGGUGGAGCCGGAGAUGUUACGAGUCUGCAAGUGAAAGGUAACAAAAAGCUGAAAUGGACCCAAAUGCAACGCGACUGGGGCACCACCUGGAAAACUAGUGCUAUUCUGCAAGGCGAAUCGCUUACCUUUAGGGUUCAAGCUAGUGAUGGCAGAUUCUCAACUGCUUGGCAUGUUGCCCCUAAGAACUGGCAAUUUGGUCAGACUUUUGAGGGCAAAAACUUCAAGUAAAUUUGUGUUUAUGAAUGACUCAAACAAAACUAACCUAAGCUGCCAUUCUAUAUGUGCUCUAAUGAUUGAUAGGCUCUAAUGUUUAGUAUUUGCCUUCUCCAUAUUAUGUUUCUUUCCUAACCUAUUAAUCUUUUGUAAUAUUUGAAUCGUUAUGAUUAUUAAUUUUAUUGUUGUUUUUAGCGAGUAA